AUGUACUCCAAAUUCUGGCCUGCAGGAGGCCUUCCCGGUAUCCUCCACCAUUUUACUGAAACUCUCGUGACGUUCGAAUUCACCACUUCCGCAACCCCCAAACCGCACUCCCUCCUCUUCGUCGGCGGGCUCGGCGAUGGCCUCGCAACAACAUCGUACAUGGCUGAUCUAGCCAAAGCCCUCCAUUCAACAGACUGGUCCCUCUUCACACUGAACCUCACAUCCUCCUACUCCGCCUGGGGCCUAGGCCACCUAGACCGAGAUACGGACGAGAUCGCACAGUGCCUCAACUAUAUCAGAGAUUACAAGAGCGGGAAAUUCGCCAGCACCAACAAUAGCGGCUUCAAAGGGCACAGCAAUAGCAAAGUUGUGCUGAUGGGCCACUCAACAGGCAGCCAAUGCGUCAUCCACUACCUCUCCAAACCUAAUCCCCAUACCUCCACAAAAGCCUUCGACUCUGAUCUCCAGCAUAUCCUCCGCACGCGCCUCGACGGCGCAAUCAUGCAAGCGCCCGUCUCUGACCGCGAAGCGAUUCAAUACGUCCUUUCCACCGGCUGGAUGGGCCGCACCUCGUCCCAAGUAACAGCGAUCUACAAAGAACUUGAGAAGUUGGCGCAGGACGAAGUCGCGCGCAAUCCGGAUCCGCAAUUUGACGCUCUCCUCCCGCUUCACAUGACUGGUGUAAUUGGGUAUCCUGGCAACGUACCCUUAUCUGCGCGCCGCUUCCUGAGCCUUGUUUCUCCCGGAACACCCAAUGGUUCUCCGGGGGAGGAUGACCUGUUCAGCUCAGAUCUGAGCGACGAAUCGCUAAAGAAGACGUUUGGGAUGAUCCGAGAGCGUGGAUUGCUGGCGUCCAAGCUGAUGGUUCUGAUCUCGGGAGCUGACCAGGCGAUGCCGGGGUGGAUUGAUAAGGAGGCGUUGUUAAGGAGGUGGAGAGGGUUUAUUGAUGGCGAGAGGAAGGACGGGGAGGAGGAAAUCUGGCAUGAGGACAGUGGACUUAUACCGGGGGCUUCGCAUGCGUUGAGCAAUGAUGAUCAGGCGGAGCCCAGAAGAAAUCUCGUUGAGAGGGUGAUGAGAUAUUUGAAGGGGGGGUGGAGGCUUGAAGCCUAUAGACUCAGAAAUUGA